AUGACGAUCGCGUACCAGGCGGACGUGUCCACGAGUACGCUCCUGGGCUUCUGGAAGCUGGUAAUCCGAUGGCGCGGUUCCGUCUACAAGCUCAUCUACAAAGAGCUGCUGGUCUACGGCGCGGCCUUCACGGCUAUCGCGGUAUGGUACCGGAUGAUCAUGGACAAAUCGCAGCGUAGACUCUUCGAACAGCUGGCGCUGUACAGCGACCGCGCCCUGGAGCACAUCCCGCUGUCGUUCGUGUUAGGGUUCUACGUGACGUUUAUUGCCGGUCGCUGGUGGGACCAGUUCACCAGCAUUCCGUGGCCGGACAAGUUGGCCUACGUUGUGCUGGCCUACGUGGCCGGAGGCGACGACCACGGUAGACUCUUGCGUCGCACCAUGAUGCGCUACGCCAAUCUGGGGCUGGUGCUCGUUCUGCAAGCAGUCAGCGGUGCCGUCAAGAAGCGCUUCCCGAGUACCCAGCAUUUGGUGGAGGCCGGCUUCAUGACAACGGACGAGCGGGUGCUGUACGAGGCCAUGCCCAACAAGGCGAACCGGCACUGGUUACCCUGCGUGUGGUUCGUCAACCUGGUGAACAUGGCCGUACAGCAGGGCAGGCUGCCGCCCGGCCCUCCAGUGAAGCAUGUGCUCGAGGAGUUGAACAGCUUCCGCGACAAGUGCAGCCUGCUCUGGUGUUACGACUGGGUCACCGUUCCGCUGGUUUACACACAGGUGGUUACCCUAACGACGCACCUGUUCUUCGUGACGUGCCUGGUGGCGCGGCAGAGCCUGGACCCGGCCAUGCGGUAUCCGGGACACGAGUUGGACGUCUUCUUCCCCUUCUUCACCUUCCUCCAAUUCAUCUUUUUCAUGGGCUGGCUCAAGGUCGCCGAGCAGCUGAUCAACCCGUUCGGCGAGGACGACGACGACUUCGAGACCAACUGGCUCAUCGACCGUCACACGCAGGUCUCGUACCUGACCGUCGACGAUAUGUACGGAAAGCUGCCGCGCAUUGAGCGGGACCUGCACUGGGACAGCCAGGAGCCGAACCUUCCGUACACACCCGCCGCCAUCGUGCACAAGAUCCCCACCUACCGGGGAUCCACCGUCAACAUAGCCUGA